UGAGCGCAUGCGUGUUGCAUCCACUAUCCAGCUCAAAAUAAGAGUUAAAACAGAAACGAGGAGGAGGAGAGCAGGGAGAGAUGACUGACACCCCGCCCAGCGAUGGCCCCUCCCAGGGGGCAGAGUUUGACAUGAUGGGCGCUCUGGACUGGCAGGACGGCAUCGCCACACUGCCCGGCAGCGACAUCAAGUUCCGUAUGACAGAGUUUGGAACUUUGGAGAUCGUGACAGAGCCAGAGGUCAAAGAGGCAGGGCUAGCCCCCCAGAACCCCGCCCAGUCGCAAAGGCCCACCCCUCCACCAGAGGCCCAAUCCGAGAGCAGUGCAGCCUCCUCUGCAGCCAAGGAAGUCCAGCCACCUGCACCUAAGGCUCAAGGCCCUGUGCUUCUGUCUCUAGAGGAGGGUCCCACUGUGGAGGAGCCCAGUGUGCAGGUGGGCCCCAGCGUCGAGGUAGGUCCCAGUGCGGAGGUGGGCUCCAGUGCAGAGGUGGUCCCCAGGGUUGCGAUGGCUAGCUGUAGGUCGUGUGGGGGUUCCGGUCCACUGGAGAGUUUCCUCCAGGGCAAAUACUGCAGCUCCAUCUGUGUCCAGACCUCCAGUGGCAGGUCAUCUCCCGGGGAGCAGAGGGAGAGAGAGGGGGGUGGAGGGGGACUGGGGGAAAAGAGUGAGGAAAAAGAGGAAGAU